AUGGUGUCAUCCAAUGAACUUGGUGUGCCAUCUACAGCCACAAUUUCACCGUCUACUGGAGUCGCUCGCUUGAGGUUUCAAAAUAACCAGUCUAAUGAUGAGAAUGAAAAGAAGGAACAAGCCCAAGCCAUUGUCAUGAACGCUUCGUCUCGAGUGCACAAGGAUCGAAACUUUCUAUUGAUUGGUCGACAAGCGGCCACCUGUGACGUUCGAAUUACCCACAAGAGUUUGUCACGACAACAUGCUGUCUUGUAUUAUGAGCAGCAGCAGAACAAUGGAAACGAUCAUCCGCUAUUAAUGGUGCAAGAUUUAAAGACAAAGUCGGGAACAUGGGUGGAUCAAGUACGCCUUGCACCCAACACACCGACAAUACUGAAAGAAGGAUGCGUCGUUCAAUUUGGCAAGGCAGAACCAUCCUUUGAAGUGGAGUAUGAGACUGUAAUUCCAGUGAAGAAUGGAGGUGGUUCCAACACCGCCACGAAACAAGAGGAAAAGGAAGAGAUUCAGGAUCAUAAUACUGAGCCAAGUGAUGGUGAGAAUGGGGAAAACGACAAAUCGACUGUGGCAGCUACCGAUAUAGAAGAGCCAAUGACAUCUCUUACGGGUCGGGCUGCCCGACAAGCGGAGAUUGCCGCCAUGAUGGCCAGCCUCGAGGAGGCUCCAGCAUACACCAAGUAUCAACUCACGGACAAGGAACAACGUGAAGAAUCCGAGCGGCUCAAGCAACUAAAGCAACAACAAGAAGUCCCAAAACAAGACGAUCUUCAUCCAAUGAUAGAAAAGUACAAAUUGCCCUUCCCCGAGACUUCUUCCUGCAGCCAAACGGUAUCGUCAGAAUCCUCUGUGAUUUCAUCCCUUGCCAUGGAUCCAUCCGGAAGUCGCUUUGCCUUGGCGCACAUGGAUUCCUCCAUGCAACUUUACGAUUUUGCCGGGUGGUCUUCUUCCAGUGAAGCAACUCCCUUUUCCAACUUGUUGGUCAGUGACGACAGUCACGCGAUUACGAGCGUGACCUACAGUCCGAAUGGAGAACGAUUCAUUGUCUCCACACAUUCGGCACAACCCAAAGUCUUUGACAAGGAAGGAGAAGAAAUCUUGCAGUGGGUCCGAGGCGAUGUCUAUGUGAUGGAUCCAGCCAAGACGAUCGGCCAUACAGCCGCCGUGGUGUCAGUGGCCUGGCAUGCGGUCGACAAGUCCAUUGUCUUUUCAGCCUCGCAAGAUGGAUCAUUGCGGGUCUGGAAUGUGGAUAAGGGGAAACUAGCCUUUGGCAUGCUCAAAUGCCAAGAUGUCAUUCUACUAAAGAAUCCAAGAACGGGGCGUCGAACACUGCCCACCUGCAUGGUAAUGAUGGGACCCUCGUCGAUUUGGUUGGGGACGGAGUGUGGGAGUAUCCAACGGUAUCAAUAUCCAUUUGUUUCCAAGUUGAGGCCACAGCAGUCCACCAUGGUCCCAGAAGCAGCAUCAGACGAUGAUUCGUCUUCCGCAAAAACUAUCAACAAGUUGGCCAACAAGGAACAUGCGAUUCGUUCCAUUGCAGUCUCGGGAGACGGUACCAAAGUAGCGGCUCGCACUGACAAGGCCGUUCACGUAUACACAAAUAGCUCCUUGUAUCGACUGACAUUGUCCUCGUCGCCAUUGUUGACUAUUCCAUUGGAAGGGGAUGGCGUGGUGGAUGCCGAGAGUGGUGCGUCUAGCCCAACCAUGGCUUUUUCACCCAACAACAAGACUCUUUGUGUUGGAAUUACCAGGACGGUCCAGAGUGACGAGGGCAACAAGAAGUAUUACGAGACGCGUUUGCAGCUGUAUUCCAUUCCAAAGGAAUCAAUCACAGAGACCAAAAUAAAAAAGAAACCAAUAUAUUCCAUGCCAUUGGUCGAGUUGCAAUAUCCUCUUGUUGGCCUCGUGUGGCACCCCAAGUUGAAUCAAAUAUUGGUGGCAACGACCAAGGAAUUCCAAGUCUGCUAUUCCAUUGACUUUUCGAAGAAAGGAAUGCUACUGAAUCUCAGACAACGUACUAGCAGUAAACGAAAGCGGGCCAGAGGUGAGGAUGCCUUGCAAGAAAUCUACACAAGCAGAGCACCACCUCCUGGAACUGUCAUCCGGGAGGAAGAAAUUAUUGCUCCCAAUACCUUGCCCUUGUUUGGUGGGCAAGGCAAUCGCAAGAAAAAGCUCAAGGAGCGACAAGAAGAGCAAUACGAGUCAGACAUGGCCCGACACAAACCGCAGCCUCCAGUUAAGGGAGUCUACAAUACCAACAAUACGAUGUUUGCACAAAUGGUCAUGGACAAUCAGACGGCCAAAAAGAAACAGAUCGCUGGAAUGGAUCCGAGAGAAGCAUUGGCGCAGUAUAGCGAAGGGAAGUCUUACAUUGGAAAGGCCUAUGAGGGGAACAAGGAGAGAAUUUUGGCCGACAAGACAGUUGAAGAGGAAGAAGAUGCUAUGAAUAAAUAG